AUUUUACAGGACUGACAAUUUAUCUUUUAAUUAAUACAUGGGUUGACAGCUGAGUGCCGCGUUCCCAUGUUUGCCGUUGCCGUUCAUGAGGGUUUAGGCCCCGCUCCGCCGCCAGCGCAGGGCCGCCAACAAUUCCUGCAAACGGAGUGGCUGUUCUGGGGCGGAAAUCCUUGCCAUCAAAGAAUGCCUUAAUGCUGCCACAACUCUUCCCUCACCAACCAGUCUCCCUCUACACACACUCCCACUGCCCUCCAACUCCUCUCCCCUCACACGCGCCACACACUGAUGCACCAUCCACUCCCUCCUGGCACUGCUGACCUCCGGGGGGCCUCACCUUCAGUGGAUAUUUCUUCAUAUUGACUGUCACAUGACUUUUAGAAUGGCACAGGCUGCAAAAAAAAUUAUUGACAUUGGUGCCAAUCUUACGGAUGAAAUGUACCAAGGAAUAUACCAUGGAAGCAAAAAACAUGAAGCUGAUUUGAGUCACGUGCUGAAGAGAGCGUGGGAUGCUGGCCUGAGCAAAAUGAUUAUUACUGGAACAAGCCUCACGGAUAGCAAAGCAGCCCUGGAACUAGCAAAGACUAAUGAACGGUUAUACUGCACCGUUGGUUGCCACCCAACCCGCUGUGGAGAGUUUGAGGCAGAAGGAACCAGUCCAGAAACAUAUCUGGAAAACCUCCUUCAGCUGGCACUUGACAACAGGGAGAAUGUUGUGGCCAUAGGGGAGUGUGGACUGGACUAUGAUCGCACACAAUUUUGCUCCCCGGAAAUUCAAAGGAAGUAUUUUGAGAAACAGAUCAGCCUGGCAGAAGUGACAGGACUGCCAAUGUUCCUUCACUGUCGCAAUGCUGCAGCAGACCUCGUGAAGAUCCUCACUGACCACCGGGAGAAGAUUACGGGAGGUGUUGUGCAUUCUUUUGACGGCACCAAGGAAGAGCUGAAUCAGAUCCUAGACUUGGAUCUCUUUAUUGGACUAAAUGGAUGUUCCUUGAAGACAGAGGACAAUCUGGCUGUUGCAGCAUCAGUACCAACACAGCGGCUAAUGAUUGAGACAGACUCUCCUUGGUGUGAGAUUCGUCCAUCUCAUGCCGGCCACAAGCAUGUCAAAACUGUCUUUCCAACUAAGAAAAAGGAGAAAUGGGAAUCCGGGGUCAUGGUGAAGAGUAGAAAUGAGCCAAGUUGUAUAGUGCAAAUUUUGGAAGUUUUAGCAGCGAUAAAGAAAGAAGAUUCCACUGAGUUGGCUGAACAGCUGUACAGUAACACCAUGAAGCUGUUCUUCCCUUCAGAGGCAGAGUAGGAACAGUCUGCGAUGAGUGAUGAAGUAAUAAUAACAUUGAUGAAUA